AUGUCUCGUCUGUGCCUGCAGGGAGCCGCUCCUGCUUCCUUGAUCGCCCUUCUGCGCCUGUCAACUCCAGCAUUUGGAACUAAUGAUUUUUUGCCUCUCACAAGACUACAAAAAGGUUCUGGUUCUAUCAAAUUCUCUUUCCGAAGAAAUUCGAAAGAAAUAUUUUAUGUGCGCGGACCAUUCCUCGGUGAACUGAAGUCUUUGGUCGUUGAACACUCAGGCCUGGAAGAUGUCCACAGCUGGUUCCUCGAUUCUGUUGACGUUUUUGAAGUAUACACAAAGCGCAGCUGGAUAUUCAAAUGUGAUCAGUGGUUAUCGCUUCGUUGGGGUAAACGACGUCUCCGUUUGCAGCUAAAUUCAAGCUCAAGCUCACACAAAAUGGCUUCAUUCUCUAAAGAAUAUCGAAUUACUGUGGAAACUGGCAACUGUCGAAUGGCGGGAACAAAUGCGAAUGUCUACAUUACUCUAUACGGACGCCAGACACACAGUGACAAAAUCCAUUUGGACAACAGACAACAUAAAUGCUUCCAGCGAGGUGACAUCAAUACAUUUGUUGUUAGAACCAAUCAACUGCUGGAAGAACUGAAGAAAAUAAGGAUUGAACAUGAUAAUAAAGGCAUAGCUGCCGGAUGGUAUUUAAACAAGAUCACAAUUGAAAGCUUACAUGAGAAGGCUUCGUCUGGAUCUGUGUACAUUUUUCCUGUCUAUGGCUGGUUGGCAAAUGACGCUGAAGGUGGGAAAUUAUGGCGCGAAAUAGAAGCGCAAAAUUAUGCCACAGAAGCUAGCAAAGAAGAAAAGCUAAAACGGUACCAAAUCCUUAUAACGACCGGAACUCAACGUUUCGCUGGGACUGAUGCUCAAGUUUCUAUCCAGAUUAUCGGAGAUCAGGAAAAGACGUCAAAAUUAAUACUAAAAUCGGAAGGAAACUGUUUUGAAAGAGGAUCCACAGAUCUAUUUGAAGUGAAAGCGGUCGAUGUUGGGCACAUUAAUCGAAUUACGAUUGGACAUGACAACAGUGGAGUAGGUGCUGGUUGGUACUUAAAAGAGGUCGUGAUUCGAAGCUACGGGCAAAACAAGAAACGUGCAACAAGCGCUUCCUGUAAAUCUACGAUCAAAAUGCACCGGAAGAAUAAAAAGGCAGCCUUCAGAAGUAACGAUCUUUCGGAUAUUUCUGAGAUUUCCGAUGAAGAAAAUAACAAGGUUCAGAAGAAUGUCGUAUCAAAGGAAAAAUCCAAGAAUAACGUCAAGAAAAUGCCAGAAUCACCGGUUUACAUAGAGUAUACGUUUGUAUGUGAACAAUGGUUGGCAACUGACGAAGGUGAUGGGAAGACAUCGAAAUGUUUUGAUGUAACAGAUGUAAAAUGUUUUUAUGAAUAA